GGCUAAGGUUACCUAACCUCAAAUAAGUCUUCAAAAUAUUUUCCUUUAAAAUGCUUCGUAAAUCAUUUAAUUUAGUUACAAAUAACCGAAAAAAUGUGCCAACACUCUUAAAAAGUUAUAUCUCAACAUCAAGUUCCUUUAACGAAAAAUGGGAUUUACUAACAGCAGUGUGUUUAGAAAGACGCCCAGUAAUCACACCUGAACUAAACCAAUUAGAAAAAGAAUAUCAAGAACUUCUGAGCCAACUUGAAUUAGAAAACAGUUUAAAAAGUGACCAUGAAUUAAGACACGAAUUAGAAAUGAAACAAAUCGAAGUUAUGAAAAAAGGAGGCGCUGAUGAACUGGAUAUUAACCUUAAACAAACUGCACAAGAUAUGGUCGAUGCAUGCACUGAGGAACUUGUGAAAUUUACAAAAGGAUCAAGAGUCACAGAAGCAGAUAAAACCAAUGAUGUGAAGUCACUAAACAGAAAACUGGAUAAGAAUUUGGUUCUUGUAGUUAAUCAGAAAGUGGGUGACAAAAAGCACUACUUGUUACCACAGGGUAAAAUCGAAGAUGGUGAAACACUUAGACAGACUGCUGAGAGAGUGUUAAAACAAAGUUGUGGGACUAACUUAAAGGCACAAAUAUAUGGAAAUGCACCAAUGGCAUUUUACAAGUACAAAUAUCCCAAACAAGUCAGAAGUGAAGAUGCUGUUGGCGCCAAAGUGUUUAUUUAUUUUGCGAGAUAUUUGAACGGACAGUUGCCAGAAAAAGGGGUGGACUAUAAAUGGUUAGACAGACAAGAAUUGGAUAAAACUUUGCCCAGUAAUUAUAAAGAAACUGUAUCGCAAAUGUUAAUUGAUGAAUAAUUUUUAAUAAACUGUAUAUAGAUUAAA